AUGGCAGUUAAACAACAAACUCUAACUUCAUUAAAAAACAAUAACAACGACAACAUUCGUAUCAAAAGCAACCUUCGGAAAUGCAAUAAUAACGAAAUAGAUACUACAGGAAAGAGAUACAUCUUUCAAAUUCGAGGUGCAUCUUAUCCUCCGACACGUCGUACUCUUAGAAAUCUAAAGAACUCGACAAACUGUAAAUCUUGUGAUCAAAAUUAUCAGUAUUUUAAUUGUUUAGAGGCGAGGUUGAGAGAUUUGGAUUUAAUUGUCGAUAAAAUGAAUGGAGUUAAAGUAACAACAGAAAGUCUUGAAAAAGAGAAACUUGAUUUUUCAAAUCUG